AUGACGUCGCGGCGCGUGGGCGGCCUCGGCCGGCGCUGCUUUUUGACGCUGCACUGCUCAGCGUGCUCGUUCUUCCUGCAGACGAGCGACGCCGUGAAGCUGCUGCUCACGCAGCAGCCGCACAUCCUCCGUCGCAUCGGUGCGGCGCCGGCGGAGCUCGAGCAGGUUCAGGGCCCGAAGGCCGACGAGGGCAAGCCUAAGGGGCCCGCGGCCGCUGCUGCGUCGUCCGCGCGUUCGGACGAGGCGGCGAAGGGGAAGCGCCGGACUUUCUUCUCGCCGUCCGCAGCCUCGCCCUCGCCCAAAUUCCCGCUGCUGCCUCUCGCCGACGCGGCGCUGCUUCUCAAGCGGCGCGGAGACCUCGUGCUGCGGUCGCUGCAUGGGGACCCGCUCGUCGGCUCGCGGAGACAGCGCGGAGAGUUCGCCCCGCAGGCGCCGACGGCCGAAAUGACCAAAAUGCUUAACAAAAGUGGCGUGUUCUGUCCAAACUGCAAGCGCGAGGGCAGGUGGGAGGAAGGGCGCAAGUGA